AUGUUCCACAAAUCCACCUUUCUGAAGGGUGCGGGUGUUGCCGCAACGGCACUGUGUCCCGGUGGUGCCAGCAGUAUAGGGCCGGUUGCAGGAACUUGUUCCACCGGUGCCAACAACGGUUCCAUGGGUGAGAAGCAACGGUUCCGCAAAAUGAAUCUACUGCUGCCACCGGUCAAGUUGCUCACCAAGCGGCGGUGUUACUUAUGCAUUAAGAUUGCGGUGCUGGUCGUUGUGUUUGGACUGUACUUUAUGCUGCUGCUGCGGGAAUCGAUGAGUGCCCUGACGGGUUCAUCCUCCUCCUCAUCGGGAUCUUCCGCACCAUUCGCGUCUUCGUCGUCGAUGCCCUCGUUUGCGGCACUAGCAUCACGCGCUGGAGUGGCGCAAAAGGCUGGUGGAAAGCUAGAUGUGAUGCAGGAUAGGCGGCACGGUCGGGGUGCGGGCAGGCACGGUAAUAAUGCUGUCGGUGCCGAGGGACGACUGCCCCGGCCAUUGCAGAUGGCGGCCGUCGGCGGUAAGCAGCGGCAUCCGUUUCCACCGCAGCAACCGCCACCGUCCGAUGGUAGCAAUCAUUCCACGCUGAAUCCGGUGUACGAGUACUCGGACGAGAUGAAUGCCGCCGCCGAGACGGACUUUAACGAGCGGCGCAUGAUGCUGUGGAACGUAUGUGCCGACCAUCGCAUCAUCGGCAAGUAUCCACCGAAUGCGUGGGAAUUUUUCAUCUCUCCCGGCCAUGGUAUCGCUUGGUGCAACAUCUUCAAAGCGGCCAGCAGCACAUGGAUGUACUAUUUCAACAUACUCGGUGGAUACAGUGUGCAAUACCUGCAACGUACGAAGGCAUCACCGAUCGAUCUGGCACGGAAGCGCUUUCCACGGCCCACCGCUAACGAGCUGAACGAUUACAUCUCCAACACGAUUUCGUUCCUUAUCGUCCGGGAGCCGUUCGAGCGGUUGCUCUCCGCCUAUCGCAACAAACUCGAAGGAUGUCGCAACAAAUACUACAAACUGCUCGGCGAACAGAUCGUCAAAAAGUUCCGCAAAUCGCACCCACUGAAAGGAGCGAAAGCGCCGCACGGUCCAACGUUCCGGGAGUUUCUCCAGUUUCUCGUAAGCCAUUACCGUUCCGGUGGACGCUUCGAUGAACACUGGAGCCCAGUCUACUCGUUCUGUACGCCCUGCAGCAUCAACUUUACGCUUAUCGCCAAAAUGGAAACGUUCCAACGGGACAGCGAGUACAUUAUACGGCAGGCCGGACUGGAAACGCUGCUGCUAAACAAGAUGCCCCGGUACAAGGCGCGCUGGAUAACGAACCGAUCGGCAAGCGAUACCCGAAAUCUCAUACCAAGAUAUUUCGCACAAAUUGACGAGAAACUGCUCACGGAUGUGUUGGAGAUUUACCAGCUGGACUUUGAGCUGUUCGGGUACAACAGCACCAAAUACUACAGCUACGUCCAAUCGCCCGACUAUGGAUAG